AUGAUUAGAUUAUCCGCUCCGGGGCUUCUCAUCCGCGAUAGCGUCUCUCUUAUGAUUCGGCUCUCUGUAGGCCAUUCAGCAUAUCAGUGUUCAUCUGUGCUAGCUUUCCUCGGCUUCACUCCCCUCUUAGGACGAGAAAUGCCUGCCCCGGCUACGACCCUGACGCGCUUGCCGCGGCGCGUCAGCCUGAGCCUUUGGUUCGCUGCGAGGCUUCUUCGCUCCCGCGCAGGCCCUGCCCGGCCGCGGGUCGACCGUUCGGCCCGGCCUCCGCUGGGCCGCCGGCCUCUGCCUGCGCGGGUGCGCGGCCCCGCCCGCCGCGGGGGGGCAGUGGGCCACGGCCCUUCCCUGAGCGCUACUCGCCCGGGUGGCCCAAGCCAGUCCCACCGCGAAGGGCUGGGCCGCACGCCGGCAUGCACAGAGCGGAAAGAGACGAAAAUCGGUCCCACCGGCCGCGCCGGGGCCCGCCCCUGGCGCCCCGACCACAGCUACCUGGGUGAACAUGCUCGACCCUACAAGGAGAGCAUCUACGAAGAAAUGGUGGCUGGUCAGGAAGCGCGGAGACAGCGGUCUGUCAUGAGAGAGGAGGUUGCCAGGGUUAAGGAAGAGCUUAAGCAAGAGGAAAGGAAGAGAAAAGAGCAGAGGUAUUGGCCGUUCAACUCUGAGGUCGGAGGAGAGAAAGGGCAUUCGGGAGAGUCAGCUGAUUCUCCCAAUCAUGGCAAGUUGAAACAUCGAUCCAUAUCAGAGUGCAGUUCUGAAAGUGGUUCAGGAGAGAACCAAGGGAGUAAUGUGUUGCGUUUCCCCCUUGGUGGAAAGCAAGAGUGCCUUGUCAUUGUAGGGAAGUGCAUUUGGGAACGGAAAAAUCAAGGAUGCUACUUAUUUGAAGCUCGUGAUAAAAUAACCUCUGAGAGAAGUGUUAUUUACGAAUGGUGUAUCAACUCAAAACGAACAGGAAGGAAGGGAAAUCAUGUGAAGAUUGGUCAGGAGAACCAAGUGGAGGAAUUAGUCAGCAAAUUUUCAGCCCAGGAGAAAGAGAUGAGCUCCCUGCUACGGCUGUCACAUGACAAUCUCGUCGGGUACUUGGGGAUGAAGUUAAACUGCAGGGAGAAAGAUGGUGUGGACGUUUACAUCCUCCAGGAAUAUGUUCAGGGGAUGUCUAUGAAAUACUACAUCCACCACCAGAUCCCCCUGAAUGAGGCUUCUCUGCGCCACGUCACAGAAGGAACCCUCAAAGCCCUGAACUACCUCCACCAGAACAAUGUUGUGCACAGAGACCUGAGAGAUUCAAGCAUAUACCUGGACAAUCGGUCCCACGUGGUGCGAGUUGCUGAUUAUGGUGUGGAGAGGAGAAUAGUGGAAGCAGUCCUGGAGUUUAAGAAUAUCCAGGCAAACCCCUUGUACCCUCAGUCCCCUGGCCGAGGAGGGAAGAAGGGCGACAUCUACCGCUUGGGCCUCGUGAUCCUAUCUAUUCAUCAGGGCCGGAGGGUGCAAGAGGUUUGGAAAACUUUGGCUUCUUUUAAAAACAAUUUUUUUGGGGGCCAACCGUCCCCGCCAAAUCCUGAGUCUUGA